CCUUCGAAUCAGACUCUAUAAGAAUUAACAACACAUCAGUGACCCAAUCUCCAACUUCUAGCAGCUGUUGUGGCAACAUAUUCUGGCUAGUGAUGGCAAUUUCAACCCGCCCCGCGGGUAUUACCCGACCUGACCCGCGAUGGGGCGGGUAUUACCCGACCCGCAAUAGCGUGGGGCGGGGCAUGGGUAUCUACUUCCGACCCGACCCGCCCCGUUCUAGACUCGUUUUAUCUCAAUUUCUUACAAUAUCUAUACAUAUUUCUCCUAUUUUGAAUUUUCUUCAACUAGUUAGAGUCGAUCUUUCAACUUGUUAGGCUCAAUUAUCCAUUCAAUUAUCAAUAUUUUUCAUUCUUAAAGUGUUUUUCCCUACGUUUUAUUGUAAAAAGUAAAAUUUACUUAUAUUUUUUUUAACAACAUGUAAGAGUAGGUCGACCCGCCCCGCCCCGACCUAUAAUAACGUGAGACGGGGCAUGAAAUUGAGGUACCUGCCCCGCCUCAUUGCCAUCGCUAAUUCUGGCGCAGUAAAUGACACCACCGAAUCGGUAGAUUGGAUGGGCCUUCCAACAUGAAAGCCUCAGCCCAUCUCGAUUAAAGCCUUAGCCAGCCCGCAAUCGUCCACCUAAAUUACUCGUUAAGCCAAAAAAAAAAAAAAAAACUAUAAACGAUAGCUCACACGAAGAAGAAAAACAUCGGAACACUCUGCGGCCCGCCCUGUACCGGCAUAUAAUCCUGCAUAGAUCUAAGGACACACCGACGAACUGAAACGGAAGCAUUUUUCCCCCCCUUCCUUCCUAUGCACUCCUCCCCCUUCUUCGUUCCUUCAAUGCAUCUCUCGUCCUAUUCUUGAUCCACGGCUUCUCUCUUGCGCUGAAGCGAGACUAAAAGCAAUACGUCCAUUCCCAUCAUUCUGUUCGCUUUCUCCCUGUGGCUUUUGCUGUUUUGGCUGCGAUCAUUUUCUGCUCCUCUCUCGUGGAUCCGCAUGUAUACCGAAGAACAGAUCUAAGGUACUUCCCUUGCGCUCUCUCUCUCUCUCUCUCUCUCUCUCUCUCUCUCUCUCUCUCUGUAAAUCUCGUUCGCGUAGUGUUACUAUUCCUCAAUUUCGUUUGACAUGGCUGAGGUCGGUGGUACGGUGCGGCAUUGGUGCUCCAUUCGGAUUUGAAUGCGUGACCUGGAAUUUUCAUUAGGUUAUACAUGUGAAUUCGGUUGGAAAUGGAGAAUUUGUGCUGGAUGGGUUGAUGAUUUGAUUCACUAUUGUGUAAUUUUGGUAAACUCCUCUGUUCCGUGGUUGUGAUCUGCUGUCAGCUGUGCAUCAGCGUAGUAACACCGUGGCUUUUGUGUUUUUUAUCUUUUUAGAUUUGUUUGAUUUGGUUGGGAGGAGAUGUUGACGAAAUUCGAAACAAAGAGUAACAGAGUGAAGGGACUGAGUUUCCACACUAAGAGGCCAUGGAUUCUUGCCAGUCUUCACAGUGGUGUGAUCCAACUCUGGGACUACCGUAUGGGGACUCUGAUUGAUCGCUUCGACGAGCAUGAUGGCCCCGUGCGAGGCGUCCAUUUCCACAAAUCUCAGCCUCUUUUUGUAUCAGGAGGCGAUGACUACAAGAUCAAAGUUUGGAACUAUAAGCUGCAUAGGUGUCUCUUUACCCUUCUGGGUCACCUCGAUUACAUCCGCACGGUGCAGUUUCAUCAUGAGUACCCAUGGAUUGUGAGUGCCAGUGAUGAUCAGACGAUUCGCAUCUGGAAUUGGCAGUCUCGCACUUGCAUUUCAGUGCUGACAGGCCAUAAUCAUUAUGUUAUGUGCGCUUCAUUCCACCCUAAAGAAGAUCUUGUUGUUUCUGCUUCCCUGGAUCAGACUGUCCGUGUCUGGGACACUGCUGCUCUGAGAAAGAAAACUGUAUCUCCUGCUGAUGAUAUCCUGCGUUUGAGUCAGUUGAAUGGAGAUCUCUUUGGUGGUGUUGAUGCAGUUGUUAAGUAUGUCUUGGAAGGUCAUGACAGAGGAGUGAAUUGGGCUGCAUUCCAUCCUACUCUUCCUUUGAUUGUCUCAGGAGCAGAUGAUCGCCAAGUAAAGUUGUGGCGGAUGAAUGAUACAAAGGCAUGGGAAGUGGACACUUUGAGAGGACACAUGAACAAUGUUUCAAGUGUUAUGUUCCAUGCCAAGCAAGAUAUAAUCGUAUCUAAUUCAGAGGAUAAAAGUAUUCGAGUUUGGGAUGUCACUAAGAGAACUGGACUUCAGACUUUUCGCCGUGAGCAUGACCGCUUUUGGAUUCUUGCAGCUCACCCUGAUAUGAAUCUUCUUGCUGCUGGCCAUGACAGUGGCAUGAUAGUGUUCAAGUUGGAGAGAGAAAGGCCUGCAUUUGCUGUGAGUGGAGACUCUCUGUUUUACACAAAGGAUCGGUUUUUGAGGUUUUUUGAGUAUUCCACUCAGAGGGAAACCCAGGUGAUUCCUAUCAGGCGACCUGGUAGCACCAGCUUGAAUCAGAGUCCGAGAACUCUUUCUUACAGCCCUACUGAAAAUGCGGUUCUGUUAUGCUCAGAUGUGGAUGGAGGGUCUUAUGAGCUGUAUAUAGUACACAAGGAUACCAUGUCCAGGGGCGAUACAGUUCAGGAAGCAAAGAGAGGUGGAGGGGGUUCAGCUGUAUUCAUUGCAAGAAACAGGUUUGCUGUGCUUGACAAAAGUACCAAUCAAGUGUUGGUCAAGAACCUAAAGAAUGAGGUGGUCAAAAAGAGUGGCCUUCCCAUUGCUACAGAUGCUAUUUUCUAUGCCGGAACUGGUAAUGUGCUUUGCAGGGCUGAAGAUAGAGUUGUCAUAUUUGAUCUUCAGCAGAGACUUGUAAUUGGGGAGCUUCCUACACCUUUUGUGAAGUACGUCGUUUGGUCUAAUGAAAUGGAUUCUGUUGCCUUGUUGAGCAAGCAUGCUAUUGUUAUUGCAAAUAAGAAGCUUGCGCAUCAAUGCACCCUUCAUGAAACAAUCCGCGUGAAGAGUGGAGCCUGGGAUGACAAUGGUGUUUUCAUAUACUCUACUCUAAAUCAUAUGAAAUACUGCCUUCUGAAUGGAGAUAGUGGCAUAAUCAAAACCCUUGAGGUCCCAAUAUACAUCACUAAGAUUUCUGGGAAUACAAUCUUUUGCCUGGAUAGGGAUGGAAAGAAUAGGGCUAUGAUCAUUGAUGCAACAGAGUACAUGUUUAAACUCUCUCUUCUGAAGAAGAGAUUUGAUCACGUCAUGAGCAUGAUCAGAAACUCGCAGCUUUGCGGUCAGGCAAUGAUUGCUUAUCUGCAGCAGAAGGGAUUCCCUGAAGUUGCUUUGCAUUUUGUCAAGGAUGAAAGAACGAGAUUCAAUUUGGCUCUUGAGAGCGGGAACAUCCAAAUCGCUGUUGCUUCAGCUAAGGAAAUCGACGAGAAAGAGCAUUGGUACAGGCUCGGAGUGGAAGCCCUUCGCCAGGGCAAUGCAGGUAUCGUUGAAUAUGCAUAUCAGCGAACAAAGAAUUUCGAGCGGUUGUCUUUCUUGUAUCUGAUUACUGGAAACCUAGACAAGCUGUCAAAGAUGUUGAAAAUUGCUGAGGUCAAGAAUGAUGUCAUGGGCCAGUUUCAUAACGCCCUGUACUUAGGUGACAUCCAGGAGCGAGUAAAGAUACUGGAAAACACUGGUCAUAUCCCCCUGGCAUAUAUCACGGCUAAAGUCCAUGGUCUGGAGGAAGUCUCUGAGCGCCUAGCUGCUGAUUUGGGAGAUAACAUUCCAUCUUUGCCAGAGGGUAAAGUGCCAUCCCUUCUCAUGCCUCCAUCCCCCAUAUCAUGUUCUGGUGAUUGGCCUCUUCUGAGAGUUAUGAGAGGUAUAUUCGAAGGUGGCCUAGAGAAUAUGGCUAGAGGGACAGCAGAGGAUGAUGAGGAAGUGGCUGAUGGUGAUUGGGGCGAGGAACUUGAAAUGGUUGAUGCGGAGGACUUCCAGAACGGUGAUGUUACUGCUGUUUUGGAGGGCGCUGAAGCGGAAGGAGACAAUGAUGAGGAAGGAGGAUGGGACCUUGAGGACUUGGAUCUUCCUCAAGAAGCAGAUACCCCUAGAGCUUCUCUCGCUACUCGCUCUUCAGUUUUCGUGGCUCCAUCUCCUGGAAUGCCUGUGAGCCAGAUAUGGAUCCAGAAGUCAUCACUUGCUGCUGAACAUGUGGCAGCUGGCAAUUUUGACACCGCUAUGAGAUUGCUCCAUAGGCAACUCGGAAUAAAAAAUUUCUCUCCGUUGAAAUCCAUGUUCCUCGAUCUUCACUCCGGAAGCCAGACGUAUCUACGUGCGGUCUCGGCUACUUCUGUCAUAUCGCUGGCUGUUGAACGGUGGAACGAGUCGGGAGCCCCCAACGUACGGGCACCUCCAGCACUCGUAUUCAGUUUUAGUCAGUUGGAAGAGAAGCUCAAGGCUGGUUACAAAGCCACCACAGCUGGGAAGUUCACCGAAGCUCUGAAACUCUUCAUCGGUAUUCUUCAUACGAUCCCUCUCAUUGUCGUGGAGACAAGGAGAGAGGUCGAUGAGGUCAAAGAGUUGAUCAUCAUAGUGAAGGAAUACGUUCAGGGGCUACAGAUGGAACUCAAGAGAAGGGAAAUGAAGAGCGACCCGGUUCGUCAGCAGGAACUUGCCGCCUACUUCACACAUUGCAACCUUCAAACCCCUCAUCUGAGACUGGCCUUGCUCAAUGCAAUGACUAUCUGCUACAAAGCCAAGAACUUCGUCACUGCUGCUAACUUUGCCAGGCGUCUGUUGGAGACUAACCCGCAGGUUGAGAAUCAAGCGAAGACGGCCAGACAAGUGCUUCAGGCUUCGGAGAGGAACAUGACGGAUGCUACUCAACUGAGCUACGAUUUCCGGAACCCGUUUGUGGUGUGUGGUGCUACUUAUGUUCCCAUAUACAGAGGACAAAAGGACGUUUCUUGCCCUUAUUGCUCUGCCCGGUUUGUUCCAGCCCAAGAGGCGAAGAUAUGUGCAGUCUGUGAUCUUGCUGUUGUUGGGGCUGAUGCUUCCGGCUUGCUGUGUUCAUCUUCUCAGAUCCGGUAAUGAAAACUCUUCUCGUCACCAAUGAUAAUCCUUCUGGGCCAGCUUUUGAUCAACUGCCUGAAUCGAUGAAUUGGCAAGGUUAGCUUACAGAAUGAGUUCAUAAUUUGCUGCUUAAAUGUUUUUUAU